CGCCCACCCCCGAGGCCGGGCCGCCCACACCGAGCUGCGGCGCGCACGGCGGCUGUCCCGCCUGCCACAAUGCGCGGCGAAGCUGUGCCCGUGACUUGACGCGGUCGUCCCUAACGUCGCCACUCGACAUCCUUAGGACAGGCCGCCCCUGACGCCGCGCUGGGACCCUACUCGCCCACGCCCCCCAUGCGCUCACUCCCCGGUGCCGGGUCGGGCGGACGCGGAGCCGCGCUGGUGACGGCAGAGGCGGCUGCGCGCCCAGCCUAGCCCAGCCCAGCCGGAGGAGAGGGCGCGCCGCGCCCCCGCCCCCCGCCUGCUCUCCGGAGGCCGUGGGUGCGGAUGCGCGGCUGACGACUCGUAGAGACUAGCACUGCCGCCCGCCCGCCGGCCGGAGCCCGCAGCAUGGCAGCCGCCGCCUAUGUGGACCACUUCGCCGCCGAGUGCCUCGUGUCCAUGUCCAGCCGCGCAGUCGUGCACGGACCGCGGGAGGGGCCGGAGUCCCGGCCCGAGGGCGCGGCUGCCGCCGCCACCCCCUCACUGCCCCGCGUUGAGGAGCGCCGCGACGGCAAGGACAGCGCCUCGCUCUUCGUGGUGGCGCGGAUCCUAGCGGACCUCAACCAACAAGCGCCAGCGCCCGCCCCAGCGGAGCGCAGAGAGGGCGCUGCUGCCCGGAAGGCGAGGACCCCCUGCCGACUACCGCCCGCGCCACCCGCGCCGCCGCCUGCUUCCGAACCCGUCUCCCCCGGCGGAGAAGGUGCGGUAGCCGCGCCCCCCAGCCCCGCUUGGAGCGAGCCCGAGGCGGGACUAGAUCCCGAGCGGGAGCCAGGACCCGCGGGGAGCGGCGAGUCCGGCCUCAGACAAAGGGGCCGGCGGGGCCGAAGUCGCGCCGACCUCGAGUCCCCGCAGAGAAAGCACAAGUGCCACUACGCGGGUUGUGAGAAAGUUUAUGGGAAAUCUUCGCACCUCAAGGCGCACCUGAGAACUCACACAGGUGAGAGGCCCUUUGCCUGCAGCUGGCAGGACUGCAACAAGAAGUUCGCACGCUCUGAUGAGCUGGCACGGCACUACCGCACACACACUGGUGAGAAGAAGUUCAGCUGCCCUAUCUGCGAGAAGCGCUUCAUGCGCAGCGAUCACCUGACGAAGCAUGCUCGCCGCCACGCCAACUUCCACCCCGGCAUGCUGCAGCGGCGUGGCGGGGGCUCGCGGACCGGCUCACUCAGCGACUACAGCCGCUCUGAUGCCAGCAGCCCCACCAUCAGCCCAGCCAGUUCACCCUGAGCCCCACUGGACCCACAGCAGCACAGCCCCGCCAGUCCCUCCGCCAGCCCCGCGCCCAGCCAAGGACCCCUACCCUGACAACAGCCAUGAGCAGCCGCUCUCACCUCCUCUUUGUCAGUCCGUGCCCUUUCCUUUUGUAAUAAGAAAAAAAGAGCAAGAACUUCAUGAAAAGUCCACGUAAAAACACUUUUCUUCACCUCAGGUGUCAAAGUCAAUUUGUAAAAAAAAAAAAAAAAGCAAAACAAAACAAAAAAAAAUCAAAAGAAGAAAAAAAACAAAAAAAAAUUUCAAAAAACAUCAUCCACAAAUUGCACAAUGGAGAUACCCACAAAGUUGCGAUUCAGCGGUGUCGAACCCCCUUUCUCAGGGAUGGACACGUUCCACGAGGUCAGUGAGGGCACCCCUUCCUGCCGCCUUACUCUGUACAUAGAUUUGCACUCUGGAAUUUUCUAUUAGGUUUGGGAACACACUGGGGACAGAGCAGGCCAACCAGUGCAGGUGGAGCUCAGCAUGCAUGUGGGUCAGUCCAUCAGCUGGGAGUAGAUGUGGUCACUGACAUUUGUGAUUCCAAGGCAGAUCCUUUAGUGGUGAGGCGUGUCCUCCCCCUCCCUUCUACCCAUCCACUCAGCCUCCAUCCUUGGCCACAUAGGCUUGGCUCAAAAUGCAGAUGGGUCUGAGGGACAGGCCACCUCACGAGGGAUGCCUUAAGCCAUGACAGGUCAAAGGAGCACUCCACUUGGGGGAAUUGUGGAGAGUGUCAUCUGCCCUCCAUGACUGGCACUGCCUGUCUCACUCCCUACCUUCAGGAGCCCUCUCUUGGGCCCCUUGGAAAAAUGGAAGCAGAGACGCGAGCCCUGGCUGGGCACAAAAUCACACCAUCCAAUCUCUAAGGAGACAGCCUGGGUUCCACCUGUCUGGGCCCCCACUGCCCAACAGACAGCACCAGGGACCCUUCACUAUUAUACCAUAUUCUCUGACUGGAAAAUAGAGCCUGGGAAUUCUGGUUUUCUAAAAUGAUUUUAUGAAGUGUCGGUGUACCCAGUUCCCUAGCUCUCCCAUGCUGCUAUGGAGUCACCUUUGUUUGAAACAGUGGGCAAGACCAUCACGUUGCUUUCUCAGUCAGAAGGUCUAUGUGAGUGGCCAUGUGUGUGCAUGUGUUCGCAGCACUUCACAGAGACCGUUCAGUGGCAAAAGACCAGAACAUUGUGACUUGGAACUUUUCAAGAGUGGCGCAGCCAAUGUCAUGGGAAGUGCUGUUGGAGAAUGUGCAUUCUCUUUUCUCCCCAGGGAACACCAGACGGAAAGUUGUGGGAAACACUUUUCUCAGACCCUUCAUGUCUGGUGGUACAGACUGAGCAAACCUCCGGCUUCUUGUUGUCGCCAGAACUUAUCUCCCUUUCCCUCUUGCUUCUGCCUGCCCUGCCUGGAGAUCCCAGGCCACGCCUAGCCUGCAUCGCCCCAUUGCCAACCUUUUGGUAGGGGAGGAAAAGCAGAGAGCUGAGGCAGUUUCUUAUGAAGCCUUGACCUGGGCUGGGUUGGUGUUCGAGCCCCAGACCAGGGCAGUUAGGCUGGAUUCCAGCAAGCACCUCUGCAGACCUGUGGAGUGUCCAGCCUAGCCCUGCAAGGCCCAUGUUGCGCCUUGCCUUCCUUUCAAGGAUUGGGGCCUGUAAAUACAAGGCCCCAGGACAGAGUGUGUGUGUGUGUGUGUGUGUGUGUGUGUGUGUUGGGGUGAACUCGGGUUAUAGUAUCUUGCAGAGAUCUCUCACUUUGAUGAGGAAUGGCCCUUGGGACUCAGUGGGCCAUAGAUGGGCUUCCCAGGCCCAGAGUGCCUUGGUUGUAGUCAUUCUGCUUCCAUCCCAGCCCACACAUUGUGUGGGGUACAGCACAGAAAAACCCCAGCGAUCCAGGCCCAGCUGGAGCCUGUAGCUUCUGGCUGAUGUGUCAUGCCAACUUCAGAGUGGAUGGGUGCCCUCUAUCUACAGCAGCUGUGCACGUGGCACCAUGCCAUCUGUGAUGCUAUGGAUACCUGUUUCCAGCUCUACUUAUCUGGAAGUGGCUAAUGGCAUGUGGUGGCUUCUGUGUAGCACAGUAGGUACCCAUUUGGUCUGUGACAUUGUUUGUGCUGUGGGUGGGGAUGGUGGGGCAGGGGCUAUCUCAUUAGUGCAGAUUCGGCCCCCCUGGCCCCCCUGCUGCCUUUGGGCCCUAUAAUAGCUCAGCUUGCAUUUGGUUUGGGAGAGAGUAGAAUAUGUGGUAUGGACCUUGAAGAAGAGAGCCCUGGAUGCUGGGGAUGUGGCAAUCUUCAUGUCUGGUUCCAAAGUGAGGUCCCUCCCAAAGUUGUUUCUGUGUGAGGCAGAGAAAGCCACACUCUGACCACAUUUCAUGUCUCAGGAAUUCACAUUCCAGGUUCAGGAAUUUUAUUCCAAAGUCCUUUGGUGCACCCAUGUUUAUGGUUCCGAAGGCAGGGAGAGGGAGUGGCAUGUCCCACACGGCCAGAAAAGCACUCUCCACUGGAGGAGCCAGGUGUCUCCUUGUGACUUGCCUACAGCAUCACAAGGGGUUUUCUAACUUCACAUCUGUCUGCACAUAGGAAGGGGAAAAAGAACUCUAAACCCAGUCAUAUUGGAAUAAAAGAAAGAGCUGGUUUGUUUUAGAGUGGGGUGGGGGGUGGGGGAGGGAAAGUGGGAUAGGCUGUUUCCAAAGAGAGCACUUAAUUUAAUUUUCCCUCUAAAUGACCCAGGGCUGUUCCAUCUGAUAGAUGGAAGGGUAAUAUUGCCUUAAAACAGAAAUAUGCAGGCAUUGGCUAUUUUUGGCAAAUGAGUGUGUCUUCAUUCCCAAAGUGGUUCUCGUGUAAUGGCAGGGUGCGGUCCUUCAACCAUAGGCCUGGCCUGGGAGAUGGGGGCAGGGCACCCGGAGGGAGUUUCCCCCUGGGCAUCCUGGCUGCACCCUCCAGAAUCAUCUGGGACUUAAAUUCAUCUCAUUGAAGGGUGGGGGGAAGAAUCUAAAUCUCAGGCUCAGUUCACAUGGGUUCUCAUUAGCAGGUUUCCAUCUCAUCAUGAAACGAGGGAUGCCUUCUAAGAUGUAGAUUGUCUUCCCGGCCUGGGUCUACUUCAGGGUCUUUCAUUUUUGUAGUUUAUGGCCAUGAUUGCUGAUUUCGGUGGGAUUAAGGAACCCAUAGGGCUCCCAAUCAAAUCUUUAUUUGGGGACAUACUUCAGCUCUAGCAGGCCACAGAGGCAGAGAUCUCAAAAUGAAGGGUGCCUGAGUAAAGGGAGAGUUUCCCUUAAAUUAAAAAAAAAAAAAAAGACGUCUAAAAGUGACUGGACCCAGCCAUCAGAAGGCUGGUGUUCGGCUCAUGUCCCAAACAAGAAAACCCCUUGUCAGCCAUAUUAGGGGAAUGGUUGUAAACUCCCCAAAUGCCUACUGAAUCCUACAGCCAUAUGGAAAAACAGACAACACAGCCCUUUCCACAAAGGGCCUUGGGGUCCUCUCCUGAUGGGUGCUACAUAGAGAUGGGCAUUGAUGCCCUGGAAGAGAAUGUGGUCCUGGAUAUGCCCCUAUGCAUCUUGCUGCACUCCCCACCCAUGGGAUUUGAGGUACAAGAUUGCCCCCCCUCCAACACACCCACCUCUACUUUGAGGCCAUGCAUCGGGGUAGGUGCAGGAUUUGCCACGGUGCAGCCUCCAGGUGCAGACCUCCGCACACUGGUGACCCCAGACCUCACCUGGGCAAGGGCUCAGAUCCCUGGAGGAUGAUUCAGAGGUGGGGAUGAGUAGAGAGGGUUGGUGGCUUUCUGAGGUCCUGAGUGAGUGGUAGAAGAACUACUGGGUCUUCAUUCAAGAUUUCUGUCUCCCAGUCAUGUGGCCCAGCCUCUUUCUUGCCAGAAGCAGGUACUUAAAUGUACUGCACAGGGUUUUAGCACUUCCUAGGACCUCAUCCAGGAUCUCCGCUGGGCAGAUACGCUACCCUACAGGAAGAUGUGAUCUGAGCAAUAGUGUGGCCUCGUUUCUCAGCUCCUGGUUUUUUGUUUUUGUUUUUGUUUUUAACAAGGCUACCUGAUUAUUUUGAUUUCUGAGAGGUGUCACUGAUUUUUUUUUUUUUUAAACCCAUGUUUAAAAAGGCCAUUUGGUCAAAACUGCUGGAAGUUUUAAAGAGCUUGAUGUAUUAGACACAUUUUGAAUGAUAAGAAAUGCUUAAUAAGUUAACCACAUCUUUUGUUACCCAACAUUUCUGUAUGUCAUCCUGGAUGACUAUAUCUUCCAAAGCUAAAAUGCCGAUGUGGGCUGAUAGGUUUUGAAAGCAAAGUAGCCCCUGGAAGAGCCAGGUCCUGUGGCUAAUUUUCCUGAUUCUGAAGUUUCAAAGAUUUGUCCUGGACACAUUCCAGAGAAUUUUGUACCAGAAUUUGGAUGCAUAGUCCAGCUUACUACUGAUAGAUGCCUGAACACCAUUGAGGGAGAGACCCUUCCUCCUGUUGGCUGGCUCUAGCCCUGAGAAGAGUGGAAUCAGGCAGGAGCCCUGUGUCCAGGAGGGAAGAGGUUUCUACUAGCCCCUACCACUAUUGGACUUGCAGUGUAGCCACCUGGCUUUGCCCAGCCUCUCCCUUCUCAAUACAGCUUUAAAACAUUACUACUUUUAUUUAAAAAUAAACAGGAUGGGAGAGAGGCAGCCUCCCCUGCCCUGCAUCAUACAUUCCAGGAUGGGGGCAGGUGGAAUGGGACAGGAAGUCAGAAAGGGGACAGGAUGGAUGCACGUGCAACUUUCUCCUGGGGACUCUGGAGUCUUUUCUCACUGAUGCCCUCCUAGAGGACCUGUUGACUGAUGACUGCACAUGCUUGUUUGGAAACCAGUGUGCAAGCUGAGUGCUUGCAGGAGACCAUCACUGGUCAGUUUGUCCCUUCCACUCAGCACAGGAGCCUAUUCCUUGUGCUUGGAAGAUCCCUCCCCACAUUUCCACGCUCCCCCUCUUCCCAGCUUGGCACAGGCACCAUAAUGGGGUGUUAUCAACCCCAGUGUCUCUUCUCCAGUCAGUGUCUGUGGGUGUGUGAGUGGGAGACUCUUCCCCUCCCUCACCUGGAAGAAGCCUCAGGUGCCCAGUGCUGAGGACCCCCAUCAAUGUCAGCAUGGGGCUCUCUACUGAGCAACUAUGCAUUGGUGGGUUUGGAGCUGCUUACUGUGGCUCCCUGGUGACCAGGAACUGCUUGGGUAGUUACACUGGGUACACCCAAGUGACCCUUUCCCACCCAAAACCAUUGGUGGAGCUUCUCUGUAAUCAUUUGCCAAAAUCCCAAGGCAGAAUCCAAGGGUCCAACACCAUUUCCAUCGAGUUCACAAUUUCCUUUUCUGUAGAAAUAUUGUUUUGUUUUUGUUGUUUUUUAAAACCAAUUCCCCACCAUGCUUCCGAAGGCCACAUUUCAUCUUUUCUGGAUCACUACAGUGAAGUAUUACAGUUGUACAGUUCCCAAUCUGGCCUUGGCUUGCUCGGAUUAAACUUUGUAUGUAUUUUGUAAGGCAUAGAUUCUAUAUUGUAAUGAUGUCCUAUGCAAAAAAAAAUUAACGAAAUUGUAAAUUUUAUUGUUUUAACAUGUAUGCAUGUUUAGUGACGUUUACAUUUUGAAUAAAAUUUAUGAUUCAUUA